AUGGCCCCUCACGCUUCAGAACCCGCCUCAGACGAGCCAGCAUCAUACGAUAUCAAUCUUCCAUAUAAGCCUCUUGGUGAGCAACAAGAGCUACGCAAGAGCCGUAAGACAUCGAAAUAUUCGCAAUACCUACCAACAUGGGAGCCCGUAUUUUUCCCUCCAUGCCCCGAAUUCGAGUUCAUCGACCCUGCCCUCCGUGCAGACAAGGCAAAGAGAAACCUUCUCAACGGUGAUGCCGUACUAAAACACAUCAGUCCGAAGAUGGGCUCCGAACUUACUGGGGUCCAAUUGUCAGAGAUGUCAGAUGCCGCCAAGGAUGAUCUCGCACUCCUGGUAUCCGAACGCAAGUGCGUUGUUCUCCGGGACCAGAACUUUGCCGAUUGGGGCCCAGCGAACCAGCAGGAGUUCAUGGCUCACUUCGGAAAGCCAAACUACCAACCAAUUACUGGCUCCGUCCCGGGAUUCCCGGGAUUCCACAUCAUAUAUCGUGACGGCAACCAGGCCGAGAUUGACAAGUUUUUCGAACACAAGUUGACGUCAACUCUGUGGCACCAAGAUGUGAGCUAUGAGCGCCAGCCUCCGGGAUAUGUUAUGCUUUGUAUCCUGCAGGCGCCAGAGGUCGGAGGUGAUACUGUCUUUGCCGAUACUACUGAGGCAUACAGACGGCUAUCCCCAGCGUUCCGCUCAAUGCUAGAGGAACUCAGAGCAACCCACUCUUCUGAGAAGAUGUGCAAUUUUGCCCGUGCCACGGGUGGGCUCUGUCGAAAGGACCCUGUCCGUAGCUCCCACCCAAUCAUCAGAGUCCACCCCGUCACUGGAGAGAAGGCCAUCUUUGUCAAUGGGGAGUUCAUUCAGGGGAUCGAGGGGUGGAAGGACCCGGAAUCUGAGGUCCUCAUGAAGUUUUUGAUUGAUCACAUCACGAAGGGGCAUGACUUCCAAGUUAGGCUUUCGUGGAGACCAAAGACGGUGGUCAUUUUCGACAACCGCACAACAUGUCAUACUGCAACGCUUGAUUACGAUGCAAGUCAAGAUAAGGACAGGCACAUGUUCCGUUUGGCUUCCAUGGCCGAAGUUCCAAUUCCUGUCGAAAAAUAA